AACUCCUGUCCUGAUAUCACUCCGCUGGCAUGGUGGAGAAGCGGACCUGAUUAUUGUGAUGGUGGCAGACGGCAGCCAGUGACUACAGACUUCCGCCACUGCUUCCAAUAUCCGCGUUUUGCGCCGUCUAGGCGACUCUCGUUGCCUCACAACCGGACUACCGAGGGCGCUUUGGUGGUCUUUAACCCAACUCGGCAACACAUUUAACCGGGAUUUCUUUUUUUAAACCAAAACCAUAUGAGAUGCAAGUUCACUGGGAAACUCCGGAGCCUGUUCGGUUCAGGCAGCAAAACUUUUUCUCAAAGGACAACGCUGCGAAACGGCGAGUGGACUGUUGCUGCUGCUCCGCGGGACGGUGUGUGUGUGUAUGACCGGAGAGAGCCUGCUUACGGUCAGACCUUCACGGUAUUGUUGAUAUUUUCCAGUUUCUGUUAGCAGCGUGGACGCGGCGGUAUUGUUGAAUUGAGGCUUGCUCUCGUCUCUCGCAGGCUGUGUGUUACUAGUGUUAUCGGUUUGUUUGAAAACAGGGAAGAAGAAACGGUCACUCGCCAGCCCCUUAAACCGUAUGACCGCCUGGCGUGCAGCCCUUUAAAUCUUCCCCGGUGAGUGCUCACUUAAGCUGCAGUCGUCGGGUUGACCCACCGUCACCUGCCCAGCCCGCUUCGGACCCCCUAAACCCGGGGAGGACAGAGACGGAGAGUGGUGGAGGUGGAGGAGGAGGCGGCCGGAGGUGGUGGUGGCCGGCGGUGGCGGCGAGCUGACGGGGGGAGAAAAGUUCUUCCAAAAUAGCAGCCUCUCGGCCCAGUGAUGGGGGACUUCGCCUCCCCCGCUGCCGGACCCAACGGCAGUAUCUGCAUCAACAACAGCAUGAACCCGGCCGGUGGGAGCGUGGUGCCCGGCGGGGCAGUGGUGGGCAUACCUAAGCACAGCACGGUGGUGGAGAGGCUGAGGCAGCGGAUAGAGGGCUGCAGGAGACACCACGUCAACUGCGAGAACAGGUACCAGCAAGCCCACGCAGAGCAGCUGGAGAUCGAGCGGAGGGAGACGGUCAGCCUGUACCAGCGGAGUCUGGAGCAAAGGGCCAAGAAGUCUACCGGCGGCAGUGGCAGCAGCAAGCAGCCGCUGAGCAAGCAGCCGGACCCGGACUCUGCCUCCUCCACGGAACAGAGGAAUAACACGCUUAUAGCGCUGCAGGAGACUGUAAAGAGGAAACUAGACAGUGCUCGAUCGCCCCUCAAUGGAGACCAGAACGGCAUCUGUGACGGCGGCAGCUAUUCACCGACAACCAAACGGGUACGGAAGGAGGGCUCUGGUGGUUUGGACUCGCUAACAGGACUCCCUAACAACAACAAUAACAACAAUGUACCACCCAUCUCUCCGCUGCAUCACCAAAUGGAUGUUAAGCCCAUACUUGGGGGGCCCAACACUUCUAGCGGAAACAACACUACAAACAGCAACGGCAACCACGUGGGCCAGGCAACUGAUGAGCUGGGGAAGAACGGAGGCAGUCAUCUAGCUGACAUGAAGCUCAACGGCUCACUGGACCUGGAGGACAGCUUCAGCCUUCUUAAAGACCUGAAACAGGAGCCGCUGGAUGACGGAGGUGGGAUGGAGUCCUCCGAUCCCCAGUCCCUGUCCAAUCAGAAUAAACUGUUUUCUGACAUCAACCUCAAUGACCAAGAGUGGCAGGAGCUGAUCGACGAGUUGGCCAACACGGUGCCAGAGGACGACAUGCACGACCUCUUCAACGAGGACUUUGAGGACAAGAAAGAGGCAGAGUUUGGCAGGCCAGCGAACAAUCAGACACCAGGCCCGCAAGAAGCAGCUGGUAACACAACGGCACCUGGAGGGGGAUCAACACCAGCAGCCCUGCCUCCCCCUCCUCCUCAGCCUCCACAGGGCGGUCCACAGGUCCCCAUGGGCUCACCACAGGUCCGACCAUCGUCUUCAGGCCCUCAGUUUGCUACCACUGCCAAUGGAACGCCUCCUCAGCAACCUUUGCAGCAGUCUCCAGCCGUUGCCAUGGCAUCGGGUUCCCCGUUGCAUAACUGCGUGGCUCGCUCCCCUCAGACCCCAACCCAGGCUCAGACACAAGCAGUCUCUAGACCUGGGAAUGGUUACAUGAUCAACCCAGGCCCAGGGGUCAGUCAGGCGGGCACAGGGCCAGGAGCAGCUGGGGUUGCUCCAGGAGGUCAGCCUGUAGGUCCAGUGACGCCUGAACUUUCUCCAGCAGAGCAGCUAAAAGCAAUGGCUCAGCAACGUGCUAAACUUCUGCAACAGAAGCAGCAGCAGCAACAAGCAGCAAACUGGUCCCCUGCAGGAGCUCCAACCAGUCCCUAUAACUCUGGUCCCUUUAACCAAGACAAACCCAACAGCCCCAUGAUGUACCCACCGCAAGCCUUUAACACACCGCAGGGCCCUCUAGUGGCUGGGAUGCCCCCCAACAAUGGGCCCAAACCCCCCAUGAACAACUACCUCCCUCAGAACCACAUGGGCAUGAUGGGCCAGCAGCAGCCGAACAGCAUCAACCAGAACGCCCUGUCCAAACAACAGCAGCAGCAGCAAACGGCAGCCAUGUUGUCCUAUAACAACACCAAACCGCUGAGCCACUUCAGUGGCAGCGGGGUUGAUCACUUAGGGCAGAGAAUGACUCCGCCCAUGGGAGGAAACAAUCAGGUCAAGAACCCUAUGAUGCCUCCCUAUAUGGGCGGUGGCAGCGGCGGCCAGGGCCCGGGGCCAGGGCAGACGCAGGGCCCGAUCCCGGGACAGACAGCUCACCUUAGUGAAGAACAGAAGAGGAUGUUGCUGUUGAAACAGAAAGUCUUGAACCAGAACAUGCCCUACAGCACCAUGCAGCCUCAUGGACAGGAACAAGGUGUGGUGGGGAUGUCAAGACCGCCUGGCGCCAUACCACCUCCUCACCCUGCUGGUGGCGUUUCCUCAGGGGUGGGGCCCAACCAGGGGUCAGGUCCACCUCCAGGCUACGUGGGCAACCAGCAGCAGGCGGCCAUGAUGAAACAGAUGAUGGCAAUGGAGCAGGAGAAGAGGGUACAGAUGCACAUGAUGGAGCAGCAGAAACAGCAGCUUUUUAGAGAGCAGAGACAACAGCAACAGCAGCAACUACUGGCAGAACAGCUCCAACAGCAACAACAUCUCCCCAGACAGAUGGGUCAGGGCCAGAGGAAUCCAUACCCCCAAGUCAAUCAGUACCAAGGUCCUCCUCAGGAUCUUGCAUCCAGGAGUCAGGCUCUCCAGAACAUCCGGGCUGCCCGUUUGCUCCAGCAGCAGCAGCAGAACCAGCAGCAGAUGGUCCAGAUGAGCUCUGUUCAGGGCCAGGGGGGCUCGGUCGGACCCCAAACCGACAUGGGCUUACCCUACAGCAACCAAGGGUCCAACCAGGGUUCUCUGUACGGGCUCAAUCCCUCCAUGAGCCAAAUGAUCCACCAGCAGCAGCAGCAGCAUCAGAGCCAAAGUGUCCAAACCUCCAUGGGUCUUCCACCGCAGCACAACCCCGCCGGAGGGCCGCCCCGGCAGGCAGGUGCAGGUCCUGUGGUCGGAGGAAUGCCCGGAGGUCCUGGAGGUGGUGUAGCUGGAGGGUAUGGAGGACAGGGGAUGUUAAUGAACUCGAUGAGCCAGCAACCCCUCAAAGGCCCUCCCAAUGCCAAAGCCCAAGCACAGAGACUGCAAAGCAUGCUGGGAGCUGGAGGAGGGGGAGGAAUGGCUGCAGGUGGCUGGCCGCAGCAACAGCAAGGACAGGCACUGCAGGCCAUGGGGGGAGGAGUUGGAAGGACUACAGGGGGAGGGGGAGGAGACAUGGUGGGGUUCAGCUCUGCCCAGGGAUAUGGGAUGCAGCCUGGUCAACCCUCACGUAUGACCAAGCAGCACUUUCAGGGCCCGGGCCAGGGGAUGAGCCAGGGAAUAGACCCCAGAGUGGGCAACCCGGCAGCAGGCAUGGGCGGCCCAAUGAUGGGCCCUCACAUGGGCGGUCAGCCCAGGACCAACCAGCCGAGGCCCAUGGUCAUGAACCAGGGGAUGAACCAGGGGGUGAUGGGCCAGGGCAUGAGUGGGAUGGGAGGGUUUGGGCCGGGUCCUGGUGGGCCAGGAUUAGGGGCAGGGGCAGGAGGAGGUGGACCUUACGGACCAGGGGGAGUUGGGGUUGGAGGUCAGCCCCCAGGCUACCAAAGGACAGCCAAUCAGGACAUGUCAUCCUAUGGAUAUGGAGGCGGGCCCUCAGGCGGAGGAGCCUUUGGAUUAGGGGACAGCACAGGAGCAGAGCUGGACUCAAGUGAUGGUUGGAUGGAGGAGUUUUUCCCCAACCAAUAGCCAACGGGGAAACUUGAGAUGACUUUUACUGGAUGAACUGAAACAAAUGUUGAAACCUGAGGACCAGAAACAAAAAGGAUGACAUGAUCUGGAAUGGCAUGUUUUUAAGUGAGCUUUUGUGUAAUGUUUUGUGUGUGAAUGUGUGUGUGCAAGAAUGGAAGGAGCAAUCAUUGUGUCUCGUCCGUGUUGAUGAAAAACCGAUAUAGAGAUUAAGAGGUGUGUUUCGUUAAGUUCAGUUUUUUUCCCCCCACAGACUAAAUAUUUCCUCAUGUUCCAGUAUUUGAAACACAAGCCACGUUUACACAGCAGUUUUGAGCCCGUGCUUCAGCAGGGGCUGAUUGAACACACAGACUGAUGAAGGGGAAGUCCAAGACUUGUUCUCAAGGCAGCAAUUUAUUUGCGUUUGUAUGUUUGUGCCACCCAGCUCAGUACUUCAGAUCUCUCCACUAUGUGAGAAGCUGAAGGGAGUAGAAAGCACUCUCUGCGCUCACAUUUCCUCUCUUAGAUUUGUGCCCCCAUAUACAAACGAUCUCCCUUACCCCCACACACACUUUUUUCUAUUUACUUGCUCUCUGUCUGUCUGUCUGUCUGUCGUUCUCUCUUUUUCCCUCUCUCUCUUUCUCUCUUAUCCUCCGUUCCGCUCGCCUCACGUCUUUUCCACCCUCCCUCCAGAGACUUGUUCCUCGCUCUCGACACUCCUUUCUCUAAAAUUAUUAACAUCACAACACAGUAAUGAUGUUCCUCUUAUGUGCCACACAAGCGUACUCUGCCCUCUAGUGCUUUUGCUGGGAAACAACCAGGGUGAUGUUUUUUUUCUGAGAGUAUAUAUUUCCUCUGAGUAGCUUUGGAUGAAAGGUGUGCAUAAAAAGGAAGACAAAAGAAGAGAAAGAAAGAAUAGGCAGCUAUAGCAGAGACCUGGAAUUUAAAAAAAGCUCUCAAACACAAAGAAACACUCACAUAGACACACAAAGGAAACCAACCAACAAACAGACAAAACAAGCAUCAGCCCGGGAGCACAAGCGGAUGUGUGUGUGGCAGCUAAACGAGCCAAUAUUAAAUUAAACUUCUGCCUGUGUGACACAAACCACAUCACCGGCAUCGGGCUGGCAAAAAGAUAGCAGGGCACUGAAUGUAUUUAAGCACCACAAGUGACUUCUUCUUUUAGGGAAAGAAAAAAAAAAGCUCAAGCUCAUUGUUGUUUUGUUUGUUGCUGUGUUUUAUCGCUUACAAUGACGCUGGUUGUGUCUGUUGAUUAAAUGGAAAAAGUGAUUCAAUUAGCCUUUUUUUUUUUAGUUUGUGUUGUCUUGAAAACCUGUUGGUCCUCCUGUUUCAGCACAGCCUUCCUCUCCAUUUGUGACAGUUACUUGUCAGUCACCGUAGCCCCGCUUUAAGUUAUGGCUUUUCUUGUACAGCAGCUAUAAUACGCCCUCGCUUCAAACUAGAACGUAACUGUGCUAUACUGUAACACUACUGUGAAGAAAUAUGACUUGUGCCCUUCCAGCGCUUUACAAGGAAAAUUAACCACUGCUAAGCCUUGAGUUAGUUUCAUAGUCAGUAACUUCUUAAUCCUCAGAUAACUGAUGAGGAGGCUUGAAGGAUUGCAACGGUUAGCAUCAAAUCAGUCAGUGCUUCCUCUGAAGUCAGUCUCUCCCCUUCUCUGAGCUUAAUAUAAACUGUAGGCGUUCUUCAUCCUCAAGCUAUCCACUCUUUGUCCUAAAAGUUGGCUAAUAAAUAUGUCAGAUAGUUUUUAAUACAGUAGCUGUUGGUAAGAUAACACCUUACUCCUCUAACUGUUUCUUAAUCUUGGUUGACAGAUGAAAGGAGCGUGUUUGUGCGUGCAUUACUUUGUAAUUUAGCUCAUCAGAAUGAACGUUUUGGAGGAUGACGCUGUAAUCAACAAACCAAAAAAGCCUUCUUUCUGUAAACUUACUCUUUGCCAUCAAUGAAUUUGUUUUCAUGGUUGUUGAUGUUGUAUAAUCUAGCCCUUUAAACUUAAACCUCCCACCCAUCAUCUUGUAAGCGUUUCCACAUACGUUAGCUACCACAGGUAAGGUUCAGUACUUGGAUUUGGUCAUGUUCAGGGGAGGGGAAGUACUCUGUUUUACUGUGUGGAGUCUCAAAGUCAGGCAGAUGGAUAUUUAGGAUGUAGAGGGGAGAUGAUCAGGUAAAUAACAAACCUGUGUCUUUGUCUAGAUUACCUCUUGGAUUUUUUUUUUUUGUUUGCCUUCCUUAUGCAGGAACUGUAAUGGAGCACUCACUGCUUCAACAGCUCCUCUGCUCAUGCUUCCAAAACUUUGAUAUCUGCUCCAGUAGCCUUCUCCAGUCAGGCUCCAAUCACAACGUGGAGUAUCAGACCAGUGAAACGGAGGUGAUGUGUAGGGAAACACCUGAGGAUUACCACUCAAAGGUGGAGGCAGAAAGGUAGAUCAACACUUCUGGCUCAGUGUUAAGGUCACAGCCUUUAUGACCUUUAAAGUAAGAGAUCAAGAUGAUAAUAAAUCCCUUCAGAAAGAGACAGGAAGCACCCUCCAAAUAUCAUUAUGUACCGGGACCAAGUCUGUAGACAACAUUUGAAACAAAACUGUUGUUGUUGAUGUUCUUUGUUUGAUUUUAUUUGUUUUUUUUUACUGGUGCUGACAUAUAUGUGAUUAUGAGAAAAAGUAUAUAAAAGAUAAUUGCUAUUUGUAAAUAUGUUUUUACAGGUUUAAAUACAUCAGAUAAUACAGUCUCUACUCUGUAAAGAAUUUACUGUUUGUUGGAAAAUAGAGAAGUAUUUUUAUUUUGAAGUUUUUUGAUUUCACGUUUAACCCAUCUGAGCUAUGCCAUUGCACUUCAGACAAUGUCUUACUACUAAUUUGUAUUGUAAACCUCUCUUUUUUGGAUUUUUUUUUCUAGUUCAAUUUGACUCUGUUCUUAAGCAGUGCUUAUUUCUUUUUAUCCUGUACAGAAUUCUGAAAUGUUAACAAAGGAGAACUACAAAAUACCUUUUUUUUUUGUUUGUUUUUUCAAAAAGAUAAAAUAAAGAGAGAAUGUUCUCGCUGAUCAUAUUAAAUUCAUGUUUCUGGAGUUCAUUGGGUUCACUUCUUAGUCUGUUCAUCAGAUAACAACUAUAAAGUCCUUAAAAAUAAUGGAAAAAGAAAUGUAAAAACAUAGACCAUGAAAAAGACUGACAAGGUCUCAAAUAUCUACAAAAAGUCACUGAUCAAACAAAAGAGCACAUGUUGGUUUCCAUUGUGGGGUUUAGUGAAGAUAAAAACUAUAUGGCCCCUUACCAAUCUUCACUUUACACACAAUUCAUAUCAGGGGGGAAUCCUUCAAAUUGUGGGCAAGAAUAUAAAUCAACAAAUGUGGGGACCCAAAUAAAGAGUCCAGUCUUGUUA